GUGCCGCGGAGCGAGGCUCCCUGGCUCUGCUCCUGUGAAACUCGCUCGGGGGCUCGGUUUCCACCUAUAAAAUGGGAGGAGGAGUCGCGACUACUAGCGGUUUGCGUGAGACUUAAAGCAGUUAGAGCUGAAAACCUCCUGGCGGUUGGAAGGGAACUGUGAGAUCUUCAAAGAACUCUAUGGGAAAAACACAUUCCACAAAAGAUAAAGCUGACCCAAAGCAGAAGCCUACUGAUGUAUUUGAUUUUCCUGAUAAUUCUGGUAUCUCUAGCAUCGACAGGCUGGGUGAACACGAGAAAGAUGAAGAACCUUAUGAAAUCUUUGAUCCUCCUUUACACAGCACUGCUAUAUAUGCUGAUGAAGAAGAAUUCUCCAAACACUGCAGCUCCUCUCUGCCUUCAACUCCGCAAGGAAAAGAAGUGGAGGAAUGGUCAGACACCUAUGAAGUUGAAGCAAGUGAAGACAUGUGUGUAGACAUGCCUGCAAAGAAGCCAGCAAGAAAAGUCAAGCCCAUUAGCAGUGAAUCCGAAAGCCCCGAAGAAGGUGAUAUAAGAAGGAAGGUUAAACCAGCAGAGAAAAUGAAUGCACAACACUGUGAACCUGUUCUAGAUCCACCACGUACGUCUUUGGAACUUCCAGAGAAACCAGCUGAGUCCGUCACUCCUAAAACAAUAGGACCCCUUAGUGCCACGUCUGCUGUUGAAAAAGAGCCUCUGGCAACAGAAAGUCAGUCGAAAAUUCAGAAAAAGAAGAUGUUUUCUGGCAGAAGGAAGAAAUCAAGAAGUAAAGCCAUAGACUCAGAUAUGUCCGACUAUGUUCAUAUUUGGUGUCUAAAAGGAAAGAAAGCCAGUGAUCUCACGGAGUUAGACGUUGUUCUGUCUGCAUUUGAGAAAACCAUCCUAGAGUAUAAAGAAAACUCAGAUUCUAAAAUCUGUAAGGAAGCCAUCAAAAAAUUUCAUUCUAAUGUGAAAGAAGAACUCCUCAAAAUGCUUAAGGACAUGCAGAUGUUGAAAACUCUGAAAAGGAAGAACACAAAGAUUUUUUCAGAUACGGAGAAGAAAAGGCAGCGCUUGCUGGAACUCCAGGAUGAACUGCUUCGGUUAGAGCCACAGAUGAAACAGCUACAAAUAAAAUACGACGAGCUUGAGGAGAAAAAAUCUUCCCUUAGGAAUGCAGCGUGUUUCUUAUCUAACUUAAAACAGCUUCAUCAAGAUUAUUCAGAUAUUCGAGAGAAAGAACCAAAUGUAAAAGAAACGUAUGAUUCCUCCAGCCUUCCAGCUCUGUUAGUCCAAGCGAGAACGCUUUUAGGAGCCGAGAACCAUCUGCAAGACCUCAACCAUCAGUUAGAGAAGCUCCUUGCCCAGAGCUGAGGCCAGGUCCGAAAGUACCAGAUAUAUAGACUAGUCUCCUGCUGCAGCCUGCUGUCGUCCAGUUCACGCUUUUGUAAAUAAAAACUCUCUGAAAAGGUAA